AUGUUGCUAGCAGGGCCAGAUCUGUUGACACCGCUAUUGAAAGUGAUGUCUGGAUUCCGACAACGACAAUUUGCAGUCGUUGGAGAUGUGCGACAGAUGUUCCACCAGAUUCUGGUUAGACCAUCCGAUAAACAAGCACUACGAUUCCUGUUCCGGUCAGACCCAAACGACCCACCCACAGUCUACGUUAUGGACGUUGUAAUUUUCGGCGCCUCGUGCUCGCCGUGCAUUGCUCAACACGUGAAAAAUCUCACUGCAGCUGAGUAUGUGCAACAAUAUCCCGAGGCAGCAGCAGCAGUGAUUAACAAUACGUACGUCGAUGAUUUCUUGGACAGUAGGGACACCAUUGAAGAAACGGUUCAGAUAGUAGCCGAGGUACGUUGGAUCCACAGCAAGGCUGGUUUUGAAGUCAGAAACUGGCAGUCUAACUCCGAUGAAGUUCUACAACGGGUCGGGGUGGAUGUCAACGAAGCGACGAAGUACUUUUCGGUAGACACGGCAACAGUUUCCGAACGUGUCUUGGGUAUGACGUGGAUUCCCACAGAUGACAUGUUUAUAUUUACUACGCAGUUCCACAAAGAUCUUCAACCUUUGUUGUCAGGAGAUGUGAUACCCACUAAGCGGCAAGUUCUCAGGGUAGUCAUGAGUCAUUUUGACCCUCUUGGCAUCGUGGCUACCUACACAGUACAUGGCAAAAUACUGGUUCAAGAUAUUUGGAGGUCAGCAGUGAAGUGGGAUGAGCCUAUAACUGGAGAAAAUUUCAAAAGUUGGCAACGUUGGGUGAAGUUACUGCCAAGGUUGUCGGAGGUUCGGGUUGCAAGAUGCUAUUUUCCGGGCUACAAUCCUAUAAGCUACCGAUCAUUGGAAGUGCAUGUAUUUGUCGAUGCUGGUGAGAUGGCGUGCUGUGCUACGGCAUACUUCAGAAUAAUCGACAGUGGAGUAGCACGCUGCGCCCUUGUAGCGGCUAAGACAAAAGUUACUCCAUUAAAACCACAGUCAGUUCCACGCAACGAGCUGAAUGCCGCAGUAAUCGGUACAAGGCUUCUAAAGAGCAUUGAAGAGAACCAUACAAUACCGAUCCAACAAAAGUAUAUGUGGUCCGAUUCUACUACCGUGUUGGCUUGGUUGAGGGCCGAUCCACGGAAGUAUCGGCAGUAUGUAGCCUUCAGAGUAGGCGAAAUUCUUUCGACGACACAUGUAAAUGAGUGGCACUACGUCCCAUCUAGUUUGAACGUCGCUGACAAAGGAACUAAAUGGGGAUCCGGACCAUGCUUUGACCCAACAAGCCCAUGGUUCAGCGGACCACAUUUCCUUUGUAGACCCAAUACUGAAUGGCCAAACCAGAAGAUUGCACUACCAGAAUCUCUAGAAGAAGUCCGAUCCGUUUAUCAUCAUGAAGUUAUGUCGGACUAUUCAUUCAACUACCUGAAGUACUCUAGAUGGGAAGACUUGUUAAAAAAUUUGGCCUACCUGUAUCAUUUCAUCCAUCGCUGUAAGGCAGCGGUAAGAAAUACGACUCGUGAAAGGUCAGUUAUAUUGGAGCAGCGCGACUACACAGCAGCCGAAGCAUGCCUGUGGAGAAUGGUGCAACAGCAAGUAUACAGUGGAGAAUUAACCGUUCUGAAUCAAAAUGCUCAGUUACCAAAAGACGAACAAAAGCCUUUAAAGAAACAAAGUACCCUUGCGAAGCUGUCGCCGUUUAUUGACGAAGAUGGAGUGCUACAAAUGGAUAGUCGACUUAACAAGGCAACUGCGUAUUACGCAUACAGCUUUCGUAAUCCAGUGAUCAUUCCGAGAGGACAUCAUGUUACUGAAUUGUUGAUUCAAAAAUACCAUCAACGCUACGGACAUGCAUACGUUGAUAUAGUUGUAAACGAGCUGCAACAGCGGUAUCAUAUUCCCAAGAUACGUUUUGUGGUCAAAUCCGUAGUGAAGAAAUGCAUGUGGUGUAGAGUUUAUCGAGUGAAAGCGCAGACACCACGAAUGGCAGCACUUCCACAUCCAAGAGUCACACCGUACGUCAGGCCAUUUACGUUCACAGGAUUGGACUACUUCGGACCGUUGAUCGUCAAACGAGGCAGGAGCAACGAGAAGAGAUGGGUAGCUUUAUUUACCUGCCUUACGGUACGCGCGGUACACAUUGAAGUUGUCCAUUCUUUAUCAACUGAUUCCUGCAAGAAGGCAAUACGGCGUUUCAUUGCUAGGCGAGGCUCACCGCAGCAGAUCUACAGCGACAAUGGCACUAAUUUCAAAGGAGCAGCACGUGAGCUCGCAGAAGAGAUCAAAGCUAUUAAUCGCGAUGUCGCAUCUACAUUCACUAACGCUGAGACUGAAUGGUUAUUCAACCCACCGUCCGCCCCUCACAUGGGGGGCGUAUGGGAACGAAAAGUACGGUCUAUAAAGGACGCUCUGAAGUCACUAUGUCACAAAGAUCGCCUCAACGACGAAGAACUAGCAACCUUUCUGGCAGAGGCAGAAAUGAUAGUGAACUCUCACCCUCUUACGUUCGUUCCUGUCGAUAAUCCUAUGGAAGAAGUUGUGACUCCAAACAACUUUCUAUUGAUGAGUUCAAGUGGGGCGAACGUGGCAGCAAGAAUACCAGUGGACCAAGAUAUCUCGCUUAAGAGUAAUCAGAAGCUCAUGAACCACCUUUUGGACCAGUUUUGGAAGCGUUGGAUCCAGGGAUACUUGCCUACAAUUGCCAGGCGAACAAAAUGGUUCAACGAUACCCGCCCGUUACAAGAAGGUGACCCAGUUAUCAUCGUAGACGAAGCAGUCCGCAACGGGUGGUUACGUGGUCGAGUUGUUAAGGUAUACCAAGGACACGAUACUCAGGUGAGGAAGGUCGACGUUCAGACUUCUUCCGGAAUACUUCAGCGGCCUGCCGUCAAGGUAGCUCUGCUGGACAUCCAGGGUAAGGCCAACCCAGGGUAAGGCAUUACGGGUCGGGGUGUUGCGGAUUUAUAGCGAGAGACCCUUUGAGAAAUCACCUCGCUCAAUAGAGUCACGUUGUCUAUGGCUGUCCGGAGAAAACAAUGUAGGUAGAUGUGACAGCUUGACAAUGAUAUAACUACUCCGAAAUCAACAACAAACUACAUGCUACAACAACGUGUUGAACUAAUGAAAUUGUUGAAGAUUAUCGUUUAUAAAAAGAUAUAAAAUCAAGUGAAUUGAUAAUUUAGUUAAAAACUAUUUGUUAUUACAGUUGAAUUCACUAUUUAUAGCCUAUUUUUCUAGCCAUACGGAUUGUUUCCAUACCUGCGGAAUUUGUUAUUUAUCGCUACGUUACCGCCAUAGUAAGCGUAUGUCAUACAAUAUUGAAAAUUAUAUUACUUAGAUGAACUAAAAUUAUCCAUAUAGGUAACCUCACAAUUUGCAAGGGCAAGGGCAAACUGAACUCGUAUCGUACCUUCUAAUAAGGAAAACUAAUUUGUAAGUUAACAAACACAUGAAUUGAUGAUGAUUCUAACAAUAAAUUUCUUUUAGUCGAGUUACCGGACUAGCCAGCCGAACUGCGAAACAGUUUUCUU